CGCUCGUUGCCCGUCCUCCGACGCUUGUUUGAUGCAGCGGUGAGGUCAACGGCUUCAGAGCCGAACCCGCCCGCUCGCCGGAGACCUUGGCGGCACUCGAAUAUCUGGCCGGGCGAUGUUGAGGGAGGAGGCCGCCGACCCUAAGCGACACCACGUCGCCGGUCAAUUCCUCUGUCUGCUCUGAAGUUGACCAAACGGUUCUGUUGAAAAGAGGAGCGUUAGCGAUUCUUGGCCUGCAAAAGGCACGCAAUUUCCUGUUUGACCUGCAGUCAUAUAUGCCAAGCAUAAAAGCCUGAUGUAUUGGGUGUAUUGGUAGUGAGGUACUAGCUUCCUGAUUAGCACCAUGCAUUUCUGCGUGUUUGGUUUCCUGAAGAGGCAGAUCAUCAAGCAAAUAGGCGCACGGAGAAUACAGAAACCAUUAUUUCAGAUUGCUGGAGAAGAUAGAUCAACAUCAGCUGCAGAUGACAACAUAUAUGAAGAUGAUUCGGUGAAAAGAUCAAUUUUGAGCUCACCAUUAGUUGAGUUCAGCACUGUUUAUUCAGCAACGAACAAUUUCAGUGAAAAGCUUGGUGAAGGUGGAUUUGGUCCAGUUUUCAAGGGGAUACUGCCAGAUGGCCAAGAGAUUGCUAUUAAGAGGCUAUCUAAAAGCUCUGGGCAGGGAUUGGAAGAGUUCAAGAAUGAGGUGACGGUGCUAUCCAAGCUGCAACACCGGAACUUAGUGAGGCUUUUUGGUUGUUGUAUUCAUGGAGAAGAGAAGAUGAUGUUGUAUGAAUACAUGCCCAAUAAGAGUCUUGACUCAUUUAUUUUCAAUGAAAGUAAGAGACUUGUAUUAGGCUGGAAAUUGCGAUACAAGAUUAUUCAGGGAAUUGGAAGAGGGCUACUGUACCUUCAUCAGGAUUCCAGGCUGAAAAUUAUUCACAGGGAUCUCAAAGCAAGCAAUAUUUUACUAGAUGAUGAUUUCAACCCCAAGAUAUCCGACUUUGGCAUGGCUCGAAUUUUCGGUGAACACCAGCUUCAAGACCUUACUCGUCGAAUUGUCGGAACCUAUGGUUACAUCUCCCCGGAGUAUGCAAUGGAGGGUAAAUUCUCUGACAAGUCUGACGUCUUCAGUUUCGGUGUGCUGGUCCUAGAGAUUGUGAGUGGCCGCAGGAACAGCUCUUUUGUCGAUGAUGAAUGGUCAAUGAACCUCUUGGGCUAUGCAUGGACCCUGUGGAAGGAAGGCAGUGUCUCAGAGCUUAUCGAUCCGCUUAUGGGAACAACAUACACUUACGACGAAGUCUGCAGAUGCAUUCAGGUGGGUCUCCUGUGCGUGCAGGAGUUACCAGCUGAAAGGCCAACCAUGUCCAUGGUGCUCAGGAUGUUGAGCGGUGAUGUUACGAUUCCGUCUCCCAAGCAAGCUGCAUUUUUUGUUGGAAGGGCUCCUCGUCUUCCUGCGGAUGACAACAGUACUGAAUCUGGGAAUCAAUUAACGUACACGGAUCUUCAGGGCAGAUAGUGUCAUUGUCUCAGGCUGCCCAAGUUUCACACUGUAUAUCGUCUUCCUAUUACUAAGUUUGUACGGAGUAUCUUUAUAAGCAGCAGGGGCAACUCCAGCUGAUCCCUAAAAAACAAAAAGUUUGUACGGAAUGUUUAGUUCAAAAAUAUAGUACUUGUAAGUUGUAACUCGUGAACUGUAUUCAUAUUUGGGAAUACUGAGUGCAUGUGUGUAUGUGUACACGUCA